GGAAGGUUCGAGGCCAGUGAUGGGUGAGCGAGAUGGACAGCACUACUCAGACGACCGCCACGGCCACGGAGGACCCCCGGACCGCCACGGCCGGGACGCCCGCGACGGCUGGGGUAGUUACGGCUCUGACAAGAGGCCGAGUGAAGGCCGGGUGCUGCCUCCGCCCCCCAGGGGCGGACGUGACUGGGGAGAGCACAGCCAGAGGCUGGAAGAGCAUCCGGCGCGCGCCUGGCAGGGCGCCAUGGACGCAGGCGUGGUGGGCCGGGAGCACGCGAGGUGGCCAGGUGGCGAGAGAGGCCUGUCGGGGCCUUCGGGGCCAGGGCACGCGGCGAGUCGGGGCGGCGUGGUGGGGCGAGGUGGCUUUGCACAAGGUGGACAUUCCCAGGGCCACGCGGUUCCAGGUGGCGGACCGGAAGGUGGCGGAGUGGCCGGCCAGGACCGGAGCGGCAGAGUCCCACAGCCCCACCCGCACCCGCACCCCCACUUCGCCCGCCGCUACUGAGCCCACCUGCCGGCCUCGAGGUCGGCGGACGCACCGUUGGCUCCUGGGGAGCUCAGCGGGCUCCGGGCCCGCCCAGAAGCGCCUGCCGUGCUGCGGCGCAACGUGAUGUGGACGCGCUGCUGGUUUUUAAACAAAUGUGUUCCUGCUCCACCCUUUUUAAGACAAGGUUUCUGUUGACGAGGCAUUCCAUUUUCCAUUAAUAAAGUUUACAGUUCGCACCUU